ACAAUCACGAAAUCCGAAUGUGCAUCUGAAAAUGCCAAUAAAUUGUAAGGCAAAAUGUGGCAAAGCGGCAGCGCUCAAGCGCCCAAAAACUGGAGAUGCCCUGUGCAAGGAGUGUUUCUUUGCCGCCUUUGAGGCUGAAAUCCACCACACGAUCACCUCGAGCAAGCUGUUCCGGCGGGGUGAGAAGGUAGCCGUAGCAGCAAGCGGUGGCAAGGAUUCUACGGUUCUGGCACACGUGAUGAAACUGCUGAAUGAGCGCCACGAUUACGGUCUAGAGCUUGUUUUGCUUUCCAUUGACGAGGGCAUUACUGGCUAUCGAGAUGACAGUCUGGAGACGGUUAAACAGAAUCGCGACGAUUAUAAAAUGCCACUUAAAAUCUUGUCCUACGAGGAGCUUUACGGCUGGACUAUGGAUCGCAUUGUGUCGCAGAUCGGACGCUCCAACAACUGCACAUUUUGCGGAGUAUUUCGGCGUCAGGCGUUGGACAGGGGCGCAAGGCUGUUGUGCGUCGACAGCAUAGCUACUGGCCACAACGCAGACGAUAUUGCAGAGACUGUGUUGAUGAAUGUACUGCGUGGUGACACGGCUCGUCUACGACGUUGCACGGACAUCCGAACUGGUGGUGGCGAAGAUUCCAUACCGCGUGUCAAGCCACUCAAAUAUAGCUACGAAAAGGAGAUUGUCAUGUACGCGCACUACAAGAAGCUGGUCUACUUUUCGACAGAAUGCGUCUUUGCUCCGAACGCGUAUCGGGGUCACGCCAGGGCUUUCUUGAAGGAUUUGGAGAAAGUGCGCCCCUCCGUCAUAAUGGACAUCAUCUACUCGGGCGAGCAAUUGCGCUUCAAAGAUACGGCCAAAAACCCUGUACGCGGCACGUGCAAUCGCUGCGGCUUUAUUUCGUCCCAGCAACCAUGCAAGGCCUGUGUUCUGCUCGAGGGUCUCAACCGUGGACUGCCCAAGCUGGGCAUAGGAAAGAAGUCCAAGGGCGAUCGCAUGAUCGCCAAGCAGGACCAAGAGCUGGCCCUUCGAGAACGUGCAAAUUUAGUAAAAAACGAUUUUUAA